GCUGUCUGGAUGUGGAUUUUCCAGCAAAUAGUCAAAGCCUCUCAACGUAAAGCAGAAAUAAGUGAAUAAAGUUAAAUUAAAUAAAUUUUAAAUAAAAUUGUAAUUACAAAAACAAAAAAAAACGCUACAAACACUUAACACAUACUAAAAGAGGAAUAUCGAAACUUGCGACUUGUGUGCGUUUUGCCACUAGAGCGGCUGCAAAGCGUUCGUUGAAUACAGAAUUUCACAGCAAAUCGAAUAUUCAUUGAAAUUGAAAUAAGAUUUUUAGAAUUAAAAAUUUAAAAAUUAAUGCUAAUGUAAACGUUAACGUCGCCAGCCACAUUAAACAAAUACAAAAAGUAAUAUACUACACACAAACAAAUACCAACAUACAAACAAAUAAACGUCUAUAAAGUGCAGCAUUCGGUCAGCAGCGGUAGCAAAAGCAGCCAGCGGCCGACUGAGGUCAAUCCAAACGCGUGCAACCGGAAAGAGGAAAUCAAAUUUGGCAAAAGUGCGACUUGCUUUGCGUUGCCCAACCACGGACAGCGCAGCAGAUACAAAAGCAAAAAGAAAAACAAAGCGUAUAAUUAUAAAAUAUCACCAGCGUCGGCGGCAGUGCCAAGGAGCAAGCGACAAAAUCAGAGAUCAGCAAUUGUGCGCGCGCGUGUGUGUGUGUGUUUUACUGCGCGACGGGCUUUGUUUUUGUGUUUAUCGCACGCCCAAAGCCGAGUCCAUAAAUAUUUGCCAUUUGGUGCUUAAGUCGCCUAAAAGCGUGCUACCGCAAAUAGUUGCUGCCAGCGUGUACGCCUAAAAGCAGGCUAUAGCAAAGCGUUAAACUGAAUUUUUGCCAAUCCGCGCUGCGAAAAGCAGAAAUUUUGAGUGCAAACUUCUGCGAUUUUUCGGGUUUCCAUUUGGAUUUUCGCGUGAUUUUAGUUAUUCUAGUACCGUUAUAAAUUAUUACUCUUGGCUACGUGUGUACUCCAUCGGCCGUUUAGCGAGCAAAAACAACAACAUCAUAUGGUGUGCGGUUUGUGGGUGUCAUCAGUGGCCUUUAACGCCCUCUGCACAAACAACAACAAAACACCAGUAUUCAAAGGAGCACCACCAACUCCACCUCAACGGAGCAAGUUGGUUAGUUCGUGCAUGAAUUCACAUAGGCGAUACUUAAGUCAUAGGACUUCAAAAUUUUCCAGUAACAGACAUCGGAAGCUGCAACCUUUUAGAGAAACGUGAGCCAAUCGCACAUCAUUAGGCACCACGUUUUCCAAUUUUUCCAAAUAUUUAUAAAACAUAAUUGUAAUCCAGAUAUCUAGCAGCAGCAAACAUAUAGCACUAAAACUGAUAAAUGUAAAAAAAAAACAACUAAAAGAAAAACAUCUUUCAUAAGAUACAAAAAAAUUUACAAAUAUAUUUAACAAAAAAGUCCAAAAAUUCACUUCCAACCUCAAAGUGGGGUGAAAAUUGCAUAAAAGUUUCAAAAACUGGAGAUUUAAAAAGCAGAGCACAUAACAACAAACAAUAUAAACAAGCAAGUAACAGCCAAGCGUGAUUUCCAAUUGCGCAUUGUGGUUUGAUUCAAAAUCGAAGUAAAAUCCAAAAACCAA